AUGUCAAUCCGCGGCCCGGGCCCGCCCCAGUCAUCACUGAACGCCGCCAACCCGCCAAAGCUAGCCGCCCAUCCGCCCAAGAUGCAACCGCCCCCAGGCGGAACCGCCCCGAGCGCCCCGCUGUCGUCCCCCGCUGGUGCUGGCUGCUCUGUGAAGGGCCCCCCCGCCCCGCCCCGAUUCCGCCCUGUUCAUCACCGAACCGACUGGCAUAAUACAGACACACGACGGGCCGACUGCUCGCUCCCGCCCACACUCCUUCUCAUCACCCUCACCCUCGCUCCGACCAACACGCGCUCCAGCGACGCUGUCGACGGCACGCGUAUUGGCAAUGUCGGCCAUUUCCAGGUGUAUUCGGCCGCUGUCGCCGAUGCGGUCCUCGUAUCGUGCCAAUGGCUUCCGUCGGCAUUCGACUGCGCCAGAGCCCCCGCUGCCUCUGCCUCUGCCUCUACAAGGCUAUCGAGUCCCUAUUGCACCCAAAUUCUGGGUGAUCUUGGUGCCGAGGUCAUCAAAAUCGAGCAUCCUGUGAGAGGAGAUGACACACGAGCAUGGGGGCCACCCUAUGCCGCAUACAAGCCCGAGGCACAAGUCGACGGCCCUGGAGAGGCUGCAUACUUUCUCGGAGCCAACCGAAACAAAAAGUCACUGGCUCUCUCUUUUCAGCAUGCUGAUGGGGUAGACAUUUUGCACAAGCUUGUUGCCAAAUGCGACAUCCUCGUUGAGAAUUAUCUCCCCGGCACAUUAAAGAAGUACUCGAUGGACUAUGACACCGUGCGCAGGAUCAACCCUGGUCUCAUCUACGCCUCCAUCACCGGCUACGGGCAAACCGGCCCAUAUGCCAACCGCGCCGGCUAUGAUGUCAUGGUCGAGGCCGAGUUUGGCCUAAUGCACAUCACCGGCCAGCGAGACGGUCCUCCUGUCAAGGUUGGCGUGGCCGUUACCGAUCUUACCACCGGCCUCUACACCAGCAACAGCAUCAUGGCAGCACUGUUGGGCAGGGCCAAGACGGGCAAGGGCCAAUAUAUCGAUGUAGCCCUGAGCGACUGCCAGACAGCAACCCUGGCGAAUAUUGCCAGCAGCUGCCUCGUCAGCGGGAAGAAAGACGCGGGCAGAUGGGGCACAGCACAUCCUUCCAUUGUUCCUUACAGAUCAUUCAAGACCAAGGACGGAGACAUCCUCUUUGGCGGCGGGAAUGAUCGCUUGUUUGGAGUCCUAUGCGACGGUCUUGGUAAACCUGAGUGGAAGGGUGAUGCAAAAUUCAAGACGAACGCUGACAGAGUCGCAAACCGCCAGCAGUUGGAGGCUGAGAUUGAAAACAUCUCACGGCAGCGAACCACCCAGGAGUGGCUGCAGGUGUUUGAAGGCAGUGGUAUGCCCUACGCGGCCGUGAACGACGUGCAAACCACGCUGAACCAUGCCCACACAAAGGCGCGUAACAUGGUUGUCGAAAUGGAACAUGAAGUUUGUGGUCCAAUCAAAAUGGUCAACACGCCCUUCAAAUUCUCUGAAACCCAGCCUUCUAUCCGCUCCGUGCCGCCCAUGCUUGGCCAGCACACCGACGAAAUUCUCCGCGAGCAUCUUGGCAUGACCAAGUCUGACAUUUCGGCCCUGAAAGAACGAGGCGCCAUACGUUGA